CUUUAUUAAAGCGGGCGAGGCACACACCGUCCUAUUCCUGCUGCUGUUCGGGUACCGUUCGCAGGCAUCGAGCCUUCGGCCACCCUGCUACGUGUUGAGCUGCGCUGUGUGGCGCGGGAAGCGUAAAAAGGAGGGAAAGCGCCUGCAGAGAGGCUCUCCGGAGGCCUGUGACGAUGUUCCAACUCUUGUCCAAAGGCCUCUCUUUUUUCUGGCGAAGGGCUGACUCGGAGAUAGUAGGAGAUAAGCCUCGGGCAGGAAGAGAUGGCAGAGAGAUAAAAACUGUACAUGGUGUCGUGACAAGAUUUUGCCUAGAUUAUGGGAUGAUAGAUGAUUCUAUCUGUUUCACCAGUGACACUGUGAUGAGCAAUGCACCACUACAAGUUGGACAGAAAGUUAUAGCUCUUGUUGAAGAAGAUGAAACAUCUAAUGGAUUAAAGGCAAUCAGGGUGGAAAACUUCUCUGAUAAAUGGGAAGAAGGCAGCAUAUGUCCUUAUGAAGUGGACUUGGACACUAGGACGCUCAUUGGCAGUAUUACAUCUCUAACUGCAGCUGGUGGUUACAUCAAUCGGACAACCUCCUUCUCUAUGAAAGAGGUUGGUGAAGGGUUUGACCCUUAUAAAGGAGAUUGGGUGCAAGCCGAAUAUGUUAUUAACCCAACAACCUGGACCAGUGAAGCAAUUUCUGUAAAGCCCUUGAGGUAUAAGAGAAUUGACAAGGUUCGUAUUUCCAGUGUGUGUGGAAGAAUUGGUGUAGUAGAUGACAGUAUAUUUUUUACUCUGGAUUGCCUGAGACUUCCUGAUGGUUAUUUGCCCCAUAGACAUGACCUGGUCAAUGUGGUGAUUGUGGAGAGCAGCCAGUCAUGUUAUAUCUGGAGAGCACUUUGUAUGGCUCCAGCUGAAAAUAAUUGGCCAUCUUUAACCAAUGGAAUCAACUCGGAUGAGUCAUGUGAAAAUUUAAUGAAAGACAAAGGAGGGCUUGAAGUGUCUAAAACAACGAACUUUGGAAAACUCAAAUUGGGGAUGAGUAAAAGCAAGGAAAUCUGGAUAGAGAAUAAAGGAAAAGCAGCACAUUAUUUAAUUAGCUGCAAAUUAGGUGGCUGGGAUAAAGAGAAGCAAUUUUGUCUUCAGGUGCCAAGUCAGAAGAGUUCUUCAGCAUCCUUAGCAUCAACUGCUGUCCCUAAAGGAGCUACUUCAGAAGUUCAUCCUGUGGAUCUAAACAAUCCUGGAGACCGUGACAGCUCUGUUACCCUUGGACAACCUGAAAAACCAGAAGAAGAGCAAAAAGAAACUGGAGAAGAGAAAACAGCAGAACCCAACAGGGAUAUCUCUCUGCCUCCUGGGAGAAAGAUUUCUAUAGUAAUUGUAUGCACUGCAAAGAACCCUGGCCACUGCAAAGAACUCUUGUUGCUCUGCUUUUCUGACUGCGUUAUUGGUCGCUACAUUGAAGCAACUAUAGAAACAGAAGAGGAGUUACUAAUAGCAGCCACCAAGCCUUUUUCCCCAAGAAAACAUCAAAUCACUUCUGACUUCCAUAACAACAGGGUAACGGUGGUUUUACCAGAAUUGAAAAGAAACUCAAGGAGACAACUACCAAGCUUCAUUCCCCAAUACCCUAUUCCAGAUAGAUUAAGGAAAUGUGUGGAAAAGAAAAUGGAUGUACUGAUUUUUCAACCACGUCUUGGAGAGGGCUUGACUCUAGCUAAUUAUAAAGCAAAAUUUUCUACUCUACUGUGGCUUGAGGAAAUCCAUGAAGAGAUGGAAAUGAAGGAUUUCUCUAUGUGUGGAGUCACCUUGGAAAAGAAUGGAAAUUUCUUAGUACUUGAAGUGCCAGGAAUUAUAGAGGGUCGUCCUUCUUUAUGUCCAGGUGACAGAGUGAUAUUAAAAACCCAAGACUACUUGCAACAGAUGAUCCAGUACAGUGCGCAUAUCUCUGAGAUUCACAAUGAAGAAAUUACCCUGAAGCUUAACCCAGAGUUUGAACAGUCUUAUAAUUCUGAACCCAUGGAUGUAGAAUUUACUUUCAGCAGGACCACCAGCCGGAGAUGCCAGUUUGCAGUGGAACAAGCCAUACAUUUAGGAGAAAAAGUUCUAUUUCCAGAUAGUCUCACUGUGCAGUCUCCACAAGUUAUCAAGCAGUGGCAUGAUUCAGAAUGUUCUUACAAUGCACAAAAGCAAAACAUCAUGCAAGAAGUUACGGAUGAGAGGGUAGAAUACGGUAAUGAAGAAAGGAUGCCAAAAGAUAAGGCAGUUGUCAUUUCUGACAUGGUGACCGUUUCCACACAAACAAUAAAUGGAACCUCGGCAUCUAAUAGAAGAGACUGUGAUUUCUUCAAUCCUCUGCUGAAUGAGCAUCAGAAACUAGCCGUGAAAAGGAUUCUUAGUGGUGAAUGUCGUCCAACUCCUUAUAUUCUCUUUGGACCACCAGGAACUGGCAAAACUGUCACAGUCAUUGAAGCAAUUUUGCAGAUACAUUAUACUUUAUCAGACAGUCGAAUACUGGUCUGUGCGCCAUCAAACAGUGCAUCAGAUCUAGUUUGUUCACGGCUUCAUGACAGCAACCUUUUGAAUCCAGGAGUUAUGGUCAGAGUUAACGCUUCCAGAAGAAAUGAAGAGAGUCUUAGUGAUGUGAUAAAGCUUUACAGCAAAGAUGGAGAAGAUAUUUGGCAAGCAUCUCGGUUCAGGAUAAUUAUUGUGACCUGUAGCAGUGCGGGAAUGUUCUACCAAAUAGGAAUAAGGCUUGGACACUUUACUCAUGUGUUUGUGGAUGAAGCAGGCCAGGCCAGUGAACCAGAAUGCCUAAUCCCAUUGGGACUGAUUUCAGAAAUGAAUGGGCAGAUAGUACUUUCAGGCGAUCCAAUGCAACUAGGUCCCGUCAUAAAAUCCAGGCUUGCUUCAGUUUAUGGAUUAAACAUUUCCCUUUUGGAGAGACUGAUGUGUCGAUCUCUAUAUCAGAGAGAUGAAGGUGCUUUUGGUGUUAUUGAAUCAUACAAUCCUUUGUUGAUUACAAAGCUUGUGAAGAAUUACAGGUCGCAUGCUACACUGCUCACGUUGCCAUCUAGACUCUUUUACCAUAAGGAGCUAGAAGUAUGCGCUGAUUCUUCAGUGGUGAACUGUUUGUUGGGAUGGGAGAUGUUGCCAAGGAAAGGUUUUCCACUCAUUUUUCAUGGAAUGAGAGGGACUGAAACACGCGAAGGAUACAAUCCUUCUUGGUUCAAUCCUACAGAAGCAGUCCAGGUCAUGCGUUAUUGUUGCCUUCUUGCUAAAAGCAUCAACCAUACAGUGUCACAGAUGGAUAUUGGAGUGAUUACACCUUACCAAAAGCAGGUUGAAAAAAUCAGAAUUCUCUUACGCAAUGUGGAUCUAAUGGAUAUCAAAGUUGGCUCUGUAGAGGAGUUCCAAGGACAAGAAUUCCUAGUGAUCAUCAUAUCAACAGUUCGAUCAAAUGAAACUUCAUUUGGUGAUGAAAAACACUCUUUAGGUUUCCUUACCAAUUCAAAGCGCUUCAAUGUGGCAAUUACCAGACCCAAGGCAUUGCACAUUAUAGUGGGAAAUCCUCAUGUGCUUGCCAAAGAUACCUGCUUUAGCGCUCUCUUGGAAUACAGUUUAACAAAUGGAGUUUACAUUGGCUGUGACUUACCACAAGAACUAGAAAAUCUAAAAUGGUCUGACUAAUCAAAAAGAAUUGCUGUGCUACUUGGUAAAUCUUCCCAACCACAUUUUGGUCUGCCAAAGGUUUGGUUACAUUCAAACCCAGUACUUCACUGGCAAGUUAAGAACAUUUUUUCCCCAAAAGUUGCUUAAAGAGAUGCAUCUUAAAACAGGAUACUUGUUAAAUUUAUAAUUAUUUCAAAGUUGUAUUUUUAUGCUGUAAAAAUCACUAACGAUUAAAGUUUUCUGCAUGA